AUGCCCCACAAGCCCUCCGGCGGACAGGGCGUCGGAGCCCCCCAACCUCAGAGCUCCACUCCCACUGCCGCUUCACUUCUCCGGGCUCGCACCGAGCCCCCCCGGCAGCCCGCAGAGCUCGCCAAAAUGGCUAGGGCCAGGAUCAGAGGUCCGAUCGGCGGCUUGAGUACCGGAGUCCCCACUAACCCGGCCCCUCAAGCCCACCCCGCCGCCCGGGUGGAGCCUGAGCAGGAGGAGCAUAUCGAGGACUGCAUCAUCGUCAGAACUAGUCUAGACUCUGCCGAUGAGUCGGACCUGGCGUGGAUUGCCGAGAGGGGGCUACAUAUCCUCAACCCGGAGGGCCUAACACACCGCGAUGGCGGGGUCAUUGACCUCGCCCUCGGCCCAGCCCGAGCCUUUGCGGAGUUCGCCCACUGGACUUCCGAUCACCGUGCGCUAGUCAUCUCGGUGCCUAGCCGCCCCUCUAGCUGCCUGCCCCCUCCCAAACGUCUCCCCGAGGCCCGUUUCGAGGAGGCGGCCCAUUUACUAAGGUCCUUCCCCCCCAGCCCCGGCUAA